AUGCGGUCUACGGGGUAUAUAAGCAAGAUGAGCGGUCAGUCAGCGCCAACAAACUCCCAUCUACACACAAUAAUGUCCUCUGAUAACUCAUCUUACAACAAGACCACGGGUCAAUACCACUCGACCAAGGGCUCGCUUGUCGAAGCAAUUGGAAACGCGACUGGUCUUGAAUCAUGGCAAAAGUCUGGCAAGGAGGAACAUGCUGCCGGUGAAGCCGAAUAUAAGGCUGCCCAAGCCCACGAAUACGUCGAGGGCGCUACGGACCGGAUGCAUGGAAAGGGGGAAGCCGUCUGGGGCGCUGUGACGGGCGACAAGACGCAGCAGGCCAAGGGCAACAUCCGCCACGACAAAGGCCAAGCCCAACAAGAACUGAAUGAGCCUUGA